AUGGACACUGUGAUGAAUAUUCUGGGUGUUGCACAAGCCAUCUAUGCUCAGUACGAGCGUGUGAAGUGCUGCAAAUGCCAAAGCCGACGCCUUGUGGAGCGCAUCCAGAUUCUCAUGCGUCCCAUCAAGACUUUCCAGGCCCAGCCCACCAAAACGGUCUCUCCCCAGCUGGAGGAGAUGCUGCAGAAACUACUAAGCUCCCUGGAGAAGGCCAAGAGGCUGCUGGUGAAAUACAGCCACCAGAACUGGAUGCAGAAAUUCCUGAAAGCAAACGAAGCACUGGAAGAGUUUUCAAGCGUGAACGAGCAUCUCAGCGAUGCAGCGGAAGGGCUGUCAUUGCUGCUGCAGGUGGAGCAGACCUUCAAGGAAAGUUUUCGGAGAGACGUCCUGCACCGGGAGAACAACCAAGACUUUGAGGCGGACAGGGUGUCCUGGGAAGAGAUGCUCAAAAACAGCAAAGAAGCCAGGGAUGGUGUGGAAAACAUCCAGUGUGGAGUAAUACAAAUUCAGAACAAAUUGGAUGAAGUUUUGCAAAAGUUGGAUGCAGGUCAGAGAACUUCCACAGCAGAUGUGGAAACUAUCGAGAUAGAGAAAAGGUUCCUUACUAAGUGGACCCUUUGGAAGGAGUUCGAAAACCACGUGCUUUACAAAGGAGAGUAUCACAAGUCCCCCGUGGCUAUCAAAGUCUUCAAAAACCCAGUGAUCACCAGCACACAGAAAGUGAGAGAGCUCUUCAGGAAGGAGAUCAAAGCGAUGAAGAGAUUUGAGUCCCCUCACAUCAUUCGUAUGUAUGGCAUCUGCAUAGACGAGAGCGGUCCAAGACCCGAAUUCUCCAUUGUCACAGAAUAUUGUGAGAAAGGCACCCUGCGGGAUGUGGUGAGGAGAGAACCAGACUUAUCCUGGAAGAUUCGCUUGCAAAUGGCACUUCAUGCUGCUGUUGGCUUGUACAGGUUGCAUCAGACUGGGGACAAGUCUCAGCUGCACGGCUCCAUCAACAGCAACAGAUUCCUGGUUGCUGAAGGCUACAAUGUUAAACUGUCAGGAUUUGAACUGUCUCAAACAGAGUCGUCUCUCCGAAGGAAACACAAGGAGAAAAAAGGGAAAGAUAUCUCUCCUUCGGCCUACGUCUGCCCUCAGGGCCUGGCAUCAGUGAAUCAUAUAUAUGACCUGCCAAGUGAAAUCUACAGCUUUGGCAUUGUGCUGUGGGAGAUCGCAACUGGCAAGAUCCCUUUUAGAGGGUACACUUCACAGGAGAUCUAUCAGAAAGUUUAUAAGGAAGGCUACCAAGAACCCCUGGGAGAAGACUGUCCUGCUGGCCUGCGGGAGGUCAUCAACCACUGCCGGAACUACCAGCCUUCUAAACGCCCAUCAGCUGAAGGUAGGACCCUCCUAGCUAAAGGACAAUCUCCUCCCAUGCAUCCAUCUAUUGUGGAUUCUCUCUUGACCAUCUCUACCACAACUGUGACCUAA